GCGAUAUCCAGAGUCAAGAGCACCACCACAGCUACCACCACCGACACGAGCGUCGCCAGUCUCUACUUUGCAAUCUCCAGCCACCAUGGCACGCACCGACGACCAGAUCGCGGUCUGGCGCAUCACCGACGACGACCCGCUGUAUGUGGAGAAGGACGCCAACUCGGCGACGUGGUGGAAGCGCCGUCGCGCGUGGUUUGUGCUCGCGGGUCUCGUGCUCGUGACGCUCGGCGUCGUCACGGCGAUCGCUGUCUCUGCCGCUACCACCGAAUCGAACCAAGGUUCGGGCAACGCACCGGCCUUCACGCCGACACCGACGUCGACGACGCCGACGUCGCCGAGUGCCGCCGACGACAGCAUUGCAACAGUGCCCACGUCGACGCCACUGACGACGACGACACCAACGCCGGAAGAGACAACGGUCGACGCGACGACGCCAAAUGCGACGCACACGCCACGGAACAUGACGACGCCGACGCCGUCGCAUACCGAUGACGAAGAGGCGUACUCGGACAAGCCGACGCCGAUGCCAUGGACACCCAGACCUAGCCACCGCCCGACGCCGUGUCCGUCCACCCCAAGACCGAGCCCGGAUGCUCCAACGCCAAGCUCGCACGCACCCAAACCGCACCCAUCGCCGAGCAGCGAUGGCCCCCAACCGUACCCGUCGCCUAGUAGCGACAGCCCUAAGCCGCACCCGUCGCCUAGCCCUGACACGCCCAAGCCGCAGCCAUCACCUAGCCCGGACACGCCCAAGCCAUCGCCGAGCACGGAUGCACCCAAGCCCUCGCCGAGCCCCGACACGCCCAAGCCACAACCACAACCGCAGCCAUCACCGAGUCCGAGUCCGAGUCCGUCGUCGCAGAUGCCCAAGGCAAGUGUGCGGCUGGUCAACAGCUGCGGCAAGUCGAUCGACAUCAUGUACACGCUUCGCGUCGGGAACGCGCUCACGACGUACUACCACACGAUGAGUGACAAGGCGACGUUCGACGUGGCUGGCAGCACCUUCCACGGCGGCACCUUCCGCGUCGGCCGGUCCGAAGAAGCCACCUUGUUCGAGUGCAGUCGCGACGGCGGCAAGUUCUGGUACGACCUCAGCGUCGUGACCCCCAACUGCGGGGAUGGCCAGAGCUGGGACGAGUGCCAGAAGAGCGGCAAGAAGGGCUACAACGUGCCCAUGAAGGUCGAGCCGCAAAACCUCGCAAACAACCACCUGUACAACUGCGGCAUGGUCCAGUGCAAUGACCCCAAGUGCCCGGAUGCCUACCUCUACCCGUUCGACGACGCCAAGAAGAUGCGCGACUGCCACUCGGACGAAGGGCUUCUCGUCACCAUCUGCUACUGAGUCCCUGCGUUGACUUGUCGUAGCAAUGCUCGUCGUCUCAGCGUCGGUUCGAUGCUUCAGCCCAUUUUUAAUUCACAUCGAAAACAUUUAUCGCUCGUCAAAGUUUGGGCCGAGGGAAUAGUAAUAGUAGUCUAUUCAAUGUAGACUGCACCGUCGAGUGCUGG